GCUGCCUGUUUGACCGGAGGCUGUGCUCCCCCCAGGAGGUGUGCGUGCAGGAUGGGCUGUUUGGGCAGUGCCAGGUGGGCUCUGUGCAGGACAGACCCUAUUUCCAGGUCACCUCUCCCGUGCUCCAGCGCCUGCAGGAUGUCUUGCGGCAUCUCAUGGCAAAAGGUGAAGGGGGAAUACGGUUCCUGCCCCUCCGCAGCUCCCCCCAGCGAGCCGCGCUCCCCAUGGACCCCAGCCUGCCCGCAGCUCAGCAUCUGGGGCAGUCCUCACCGUUGCUGCCCUCCCCCCUGCUGCAGCGGUACCUGGAGCACCUCCUGCUGCCCUCCCUGCCCCAGCUGGGAUACGAGGAGGCUCUGCUCAACCCCUACUCCUACCACAAGUUUGGUUACCAGGACAGCGCUCACCAGCUCCCUGGUGGCUCGGCCAGGCAGAGCCCCGAGACCUCCUCACUGCUGGGCCGGGUCCCUGCCCAGGCCAUUUUUGGGGCUGGCCCUGCGCCCUCCUAUGAUGCUGCCCUGAAGAGACUGGCCUCUCUCCUAGCCAGCUACGGCCUAGGGCUGCCAGAGCUGAGCCCCCAGCAGCUGAGCAGCCUCUCCACCCUCCUCCAGCUGCUCCAGAGCUCUGGUCUUGCUGGCCUCGAAAUGCCCACAGUGAAACGGAUGAUGGAGAGGGGCAUGCAGCACGGAGAGGAGCCAGUGCCACCUUCCUCUACAGUGCCACUCCCAAAAAUCCCAACCAGCAGCACCCCAGGGGAUGGGCUGAAGGACAGGGCAGUGUCCUCGCCAGCCCCCUGGGCUGAGUUGCAGCAGGGGCACAGUGAGGAUGUGCGUAGCCCUAGGAAGCCAACUGUUGUGGAGAAGAAGAGCUACUCAGAGGUGAAGGAUGGUGGGGUGCAGCGGGGCACACGGCCACUGGAUGAGUAUGGCUACAUCAUCACAGACCAGAAGCCCCUGGGGCUGGCCGCUGGUGUGCGGCUGCUGGAGCUCCUAGCCAAGCACCUCCACCUCUCCACAGCCAGCUUCAUCAACAUCAGCGUUGUGGGUCCUGCGCUCACCUUCCGCAUCCGGCAGAACCCUCAGAACCUCUCAUUGGCAGAUGUGGCCAGCCAGGCUGAGCAAGUGAAGGCAGAGCUGGAAGCUGAGCUGGGCCUGAAGGUCAUGCAAACAGGACUGGGAGAGCGAAAUGAGGCUGCUGCCUACUCACGCCCAUCCCGCUUUGGGGAUGGCUUCCACACGGUGCUGCUGACCUUCAUCGUGCUGGCCUGUGUGGCAGGCAUUGCCAUCGCAGCCGCUGCCACCUUCUGCCUCCGGCGCCAUGCCAAGCAGCGGGAGAAGGAGCGCCUGGCUGCUCUGGGGCCUGAGGGUGCUGCCGACACCACCUUGGAGUACCAGGAGCUGUGCCGCCAGCACAUGGCUGCGAAGUCUCUCUUUGGCCGCGCUGAGGCACCAGCAGCCCCUGCAGAGACCUCACGGGUCAGCAGCGUCUCGUCCCAGUUCAGCGAUGCCCCACAGCCCAGCCCCAGCUCCCACAGCAGCACACCUUCCUGGUGCGAGGAGCCUGUCCAGUCCAACAUGGACAUCUCCACCGGACACAUGAUCCUGGCCUACAUGGAGGACCAUCUCCGCAACCGGGACCGACUGGCCAAGGAGUGGCAGGCCCUCUGUGCCUACCAGGCAGAGCCCAGCAUUUGCUCCAUUGCCCAGAGUGAAGCCAACCUGAAGAAGAACCGCAACCCUGACUAUGUGCCCUAUGACCAUGUGCGGAUUAAGCUGAAAGCCGAGAGCAACCCAUCCCGCAGUGACUUCAUCAACGCCAGUCCGAUUAUUGAGCAUGACCCACGGAUGCCAGCAUACAUCGCUACACAGGGGCCACUGUCUCACACUAUCGCUGACUUCUGGCAGAUGGUGUGGGAGCACGGCUGCACCGUCAUCGUCAUGCUUAGCCCGCUGGCCGAGGACAGUGUCAAGCAGUGUGACCGCUACUGGCCAGAUGAAGGUUCUUCUCUCUACCAUAUCUAUGAGGUGAACCUGGUGUCGGAGCACAUCUGGUGUGAGGACUUCCUGGUGCGCAGCUUCUACCUGAAGAACGUGCAGUCUCAAGAGACCCGCACCCUGACGCAGUUCCACUUCCUCAGCUGGCCAGCCGAGGGCAUCCCUGCCACCACCCGGCCCCUACUGGACUUCCGUAGGAAGGUGAACAAGUGCUACCGGGGUCGCUCCUGCCCUAUUAUCGUGCACUGCAGUGAUGGUGCAGGCAGGACGGGGACGUACAUCCUUGUUGACAUGGUCCUGAACGGAAUGGCCAAAGGGGUGAAGGAGAUAGACAUAGCUGCUACACUGGAGCACAUCCGAGACCAGCGGCCUGGCAUGGUGCAGACCAAGGACCAGUUUGAGUUCGCACUGACAGCUGUGGCUGAGGAAGUGAACGCCAUCCUGAAGGCACUGCCACAGUGAUGGCGAGGAGCCC